AUGAGCCAGGCCGGCGGCGGAAUUGAGCACGCCAGCCAAAAGCACGAGGGCAACAGCCACCCAACGCCCGACCGGCAUGUUGCAAAGUAUCUGUUUGGAGGGGGCAACGUGGUCCUGAUGAGCGAUAUAAAGCGAGCUGGGUGUCUUGCUUACCACGUAAGCGAAAUCACGCCAUUCGAAGCGCAAGGGUGUGUGUGUGGCAACACACCCGAUGAGGGCAAUGGCAAGCUUGCCUGCAGAUCGUUCAAGGCGCCAGGUUGUGACUGCGUUCGCCUGCUGGUGGAAUCAGGGCGUCAAACCGAUCGCCGACCCCUCCUUGCUUGUGAACGAACACCCAGUCCUUUUCUGGACGACGCCAUCGAAAACACACACACGCGCGCACUAUCCCACUCUACAACACACAGCCCCGUCACCAGUCCCCACAAAACAAACGAGAGAGUGUGUGUGUGUCUGCAAAACACAAACAUCUGCUUUUGUGUGUGUGUGUGCUCUAUCUCUCACUCACAAGCUCUCUCUCUCACUCACAAGCUCUCUCUCUCUCUCUCUCUCUCUCUCUCUCUCUCUCUCUCUCUCUGUCUCUAUCUCUCACUCACAAGCUCUCUCUCUCACUCACAAGCUCUCUCUCUCUCUCUCUCUCUCUUCUCUCUCUGUCUCUAUCUCUCACUCACAAGCUCUCUCUCUCUCUCUCUCUCUCUCUCUCGCUCUCUUCUCUGGCUCGCUCUCUGCUCUCUUUUUCGUCUUCAGUGA